AUGCACGCGCGCAGUUUGCCGACUGCCGACAAGGAUCGAUCGUUGGCCUCCUUGCGGCGCCACCAGCAGGAGCUGCAGGCGCUCAAGAAGAAGCUGAAACAAGCCGAAAUCGCCUUCACCACGAGCAGCAACAGAGACAGUCUAUUCAACAAUGGGGCCGUGGAGCUGCAGGUGACGUCGAUGGACCAUCGAGAGCGAUUGAUCAAGGUGGUGCAGAAGAAUGAGGAGAACAAAGACCGGCUCAUCGCCUCGCGACAAACACUCGAACACGUACGUCGUUCCCUCACUUGCUUGGCACCUGCGCUGGUGACCAUCACCAUCACCAUCACCAUCACCAUCACCAUCACCAUCACCAUCACCAUCACCAUCACCAUCACCAUCACCAUCACCAUCACCAUCACCAUCACCAUCACCAUCACCAUCACCAUCACCAUCACCAUCACCAUCACCAUCACCAUCACCAUCACCAUCACCAUCACCAUCACCAUCACCAUCACCAUCACCAUCACCAUGCAACAGACAAUAGACAUAGCCGACGACGUGCUGGAGGAGUUGGCCGACCAGCGAACGCGCAUCGAAAUGAUGCGAGAAAAGCUGCGAGGGCUCAACGCCAAGCUGGACGAGGCGGGUCUCAUCAUCGGCCGAAUGACACGGAGGAUCAUCGCCAACAAGUUCUUCCUCCUUCUCAUGAUCAUCGUUCUCAUCCUCGUCGCCGGCGCCAUCUUCUACAUCAAGUUCUUCUAG